UCGUUAACAACCCCCCGCUGGCUAAGUACAUUGGGGUUCGCCACGUUGGAAGGGUCGAGUUGGUUUACCGAAAAGUCUAUGUGACAUUAUACAUAACAUCUCUCCCUGAACAGUGUUGAUUGUUGAUAGAAAAAAGUGCAAAUUAUAGAAAAGGGACUCAAAAAUGAAGGUGAAGGAACUGCUGAAGACGGUGAAUGUGGCCUGGUCGCCACCGGCCCAGCAUCCGAUCAUGCUGGCUGCCGGCACUUCUGCUCAACAGUUAGAUGCUAGUUUUAAUACAUCCGCCAGUCUUGACUUAUAUCUGUUAGGACUGCAGACACCUGGAUAUGACAUGGAGUUGAGGGCUAGUGUGCCCAGUGAUCACAGAUUCCACAAGAUCAUCUGGGGUUCCUACGGGGCCUCUCCCUCUGGAAUAAUCGUUGGUGGUUGUGACUACGGCACAAUAAAGAUUUACUCUGCCUCAAAGCUCCUCUCAAAUGAACAAGACAGCCUAUUGAGUAGUCCAAAUCGUCACACAGGUCCAGUUCGUGCCCUGGACUUCAACCCCUUCCAAACAAACCUGCUCGCCUCAGGUGCUACUGAAUCAGAGAUCUAUAUCUGGGACAUUGUAAACACGUCCACUCCAAUGUCGCCAGGUUCGCCCUCAAAUCCUCCAGAGGACAUCCAGUACAUUCAGUGGAAUAAACAAGUUCAACACAUACUGGCCUCGGCCUUCACCCAACGUUGUAUUAUCUGGGACUUGAGGAAAAAUGAGGCGAUAAUAAAACUCUCCGAUGCCAACUCCAAAAUCAGGUGGAAGACCCUUCAGUGGCAUCCGGAGAUGGCGACACAGUUGUGUUUAGCUUCCGAAGAUGAUCAGACACCGAUUAUUCAGCUCUGGGACCUGCGUUUUGCCUCAUCACCCCUGAGAACUCUUCAGCAUCAUCAACGAGGCGUUCUCUCCAUAGCUUGGAGUACUCACGAUCCUGACUUACUCCUUAGUUGUGCAAAGGACAAUACGAUCCUCUGCUGGAAUCCAAACUCAGAUACUCCAGGAGGUGAAGUUGUCUGUGAAUUGGCCCAAACGGCCCAGUGGAAUUUCGAUGUUUCCUGGUGUCCAAGAACCCCUGGCCUCAUUGUAGGCAGUAGUUUUGACGGCCAUGCUGUAGUGUACUCCUUGCUUGGCGGAUCUCAAGAACCUACUCAGGGAACAACCAAUCAGAUCGUGGACUCCUUCCCUGGAAUGGAUCCUUUCGUUCAGGCACCACCUUCACUGAAGUCAGAGCCAGCUCCAGCACUUGGAAAGGCUCCCAAGUGGCUCCGGAGGCCUGCUGGAGUAUCCUUUGGGUUCGGGGGGAAACUCACCAUGUACGAGAAUGAACCUAUAGAUAGUAAUGUUGGAACUCCUGCUAGAAGGAAUGUUAUUGUCUCGCAGGUGAUUACCAAUCCGGAGAUGAUUAAGAGAUCCAAUGAGCUGGAGAGUGCCUUGAAGAGUGAACAGUUCUUAGAUUACUGUCAGGGAAAGAUUGAGCAGGUGCAGGAUGAACAUCUGAGGAGGAUAUGGAAGUACGUUGGUGCAUAUUUUAGUGAGGACGUCACCAAAAAGUUUCUAGAGCUUCUGGGAUACAACGUACCCGAAAUAAAUGAAAAAUUACAAAAAUUUGUACCUGAAGAGGAUCUUACAAAACUCGCUGAUGGAGUAUCGAAGACCCAUCUCGAGACACUUCAAAAUGGAAAUAAUUUUGAUCCUACAGCUGCGUUCGAUGCUAUUGCCCAGCAAGAAUUGAAUCGAUCUCCAGUAAAGGUCAAGGAGACUGGUCUGAAAUUAAAUACCAGUGAUGACGAAGAUGGUCUGAUCACCCAGGCAAUUCUCGUGGGGAACAUUGAGGCAGCUGUUUCCUUGUGCUUCAACAGCAAACGCUACGCCGAUGCUGUCAUUCUCUCAAUGGCUGGCGGUCCAGAUUUGCUCGCAAGAACCCAAUACAGAUAUUUCUCGGAACACACUGGAGUCCUCAAUUCCCUCAUCAAUUUUGUAGUCAGCGAUAACUGGGCUGAGUUCGUUGGAAAUUGCGAUGUUAACUGUUGGAAAGAGACGCUUGUGGGGAUCUUUACACACUCCAAUACUGAGGAACGAUCUGCGCUUUGUGAGGCCCUGGGAGAUCGGCUGAGCUCUAAUGAUGAUGCCGAGUUGAGAAGACAGGCGCAGAUAUGCUACAUUUGCUCAGGGAAUCUGAGUAAAGUUAUUCAGGUUGGAAGAACUGGAGUGCAAGACACUGUGGAGCUUGUCAUGGUAAUGAAGAGGGCUCUGGAGAUGCAGGGAAGCAGGGAUGUUACUGUGGAUGGGCACAUCGGAAGGGUCUUGGCCCAAUACGCUGAGCUAUUGGCCUCUGAGGGUGACCUCGAUGCUGCAUUAGGAUAUCUGAAGAAUGGUGAGGAAGGAGGGAUGGGAAUGUUGAGGGAUAGACUGUGCAAAGCACUGCAGUAUGCUCAGACCGAGAGGCCACAACAAGGGCGAUUGGGACAGGGGCAAGUACAGAGCCAAGUACCGGGGCAUGGACAGAAGAGUCAACAAGCGAUUUAUGAUGGUGGGCAACAAGGACAGAGUGGAUAUGCACAGAAUCAACAUGGGUGGAAUGCCAACAACUGGAAUGUCAAUCCAAUUCAAAAUUCUUGGGGAAUGCCUCAGGUACCUCCUGUACAGACGGUGCAGCCUCCACCAUCUCAACUUCCUCCUCAACUUUCCCAGCAGCCUCCUAAACUCUACGGCCAACCCCAAACUAUUCUCUCCCCAACAGCCCCUCCCACUGCACCGCCACCAAUGCAGACUGCUGGCAGCUCGCACAGUGGCUCUAGGCCCUCCAGUGUGGGCCCCUCAUCCAGACCGAAGUACAUGAUCGAUCCGUCCGUAAAAAGUCCAUCAUCCUAUGGAGGAUAUGGGCAAGGCUAUCAGGCACCGACUCAAAGCUUUGGUUACCAGGGACAAGGGGUAUAUGGAGUUGGACAGGGAUAUGGAGAGACUGACGGAUUUAAGAGUCAACCGAGUUUGAUGACACCUACUUUACCGGCACAACGACCUCAGGGUAUUUUCGAUCCUUCAAUAGGCCAAGGAGCCCCGGGAGGGCAAUUCGGAGGGAACAAUGAACCCUCAGCUUAUCAAUCCCCACCACAACCCGCCGGAUGGAAUGAUCCUCCCAUUGCCAAGUCUCGAACUCAGCCACAGGCAAACGAUUUCUCAGUUCAAAAUCCAAUUCUUCAUCCGUUGAGAGGAGCGAUGCCACAACAAGAAUAUAAUGCACCUGAAGAGAAUUAUCAUCAAGACCCUCACAACCCCUACGGCCAGCCACAGUACAAUCAAAGCGUCCUCAGCCCAUCAAAUCAAUUCAACCCACCCAUGGGUUACGAGCAAAAUAAUCAACAUUCUCACCAGUACCAGCCACAACAGCAUCAACCUCCUGUUCAGGCAGCUAGAGUGGCAGAACCCGAGGCACCCAAGGCACCCAUUCCUGAGGAGCAUGUACAUCUAAAAACAAUAUUGGAUGAGUUGAAGGCCCGGUGUCACGAAUCUGCAAAAAAUCCACAGACUAAACGAAAGGUCGAGGAUGUCGCGAGGAAGCUUGAAGCUCUGUACGAUUGUUUGAGAGAUAAAUCUCUCUCACCAAGCACUCUCCAAGGACUCCAUCAAAUUUGCCAAUCGAUCCAGGGAGGAAAUUAUACAAAUGGAUUGGGCAUACACACUCAAUUAGUGUCAGGACCUGAUUUUAGCCGAAUCGCCCCCUUCAUGCCCGGAAUUAAAGUACUGCUGCAGAGUGCACUUCAACUUGGUGUGUACAUCACGUAAAACCGAAUCAACGAAAUUCUAACGUCUUUUUCUUACUCAAAGCCUUAACACAGAAGAAAAAUGAAUGAAAUGAUAAAUUAAUUACUGAAUCAGUGAGUUAAUUAAUAGUGAUUCAAUUGACAUUGAAUCCUACAUAAUUGGGUUAUCCAUUAAUUAUUGAUGAUCGAUUAACUUUUAUACUUUAAUAUAGAAGAGUCAACAAACCCUAGUUUUUAUUCAUUUUGCAUGUCCCAUUAGUAUUUCAAAAAGUUUUCUUUUCAAAUUUAAUUAAUCAAUAAUUGGAUGAUGAAGAAAAUAUUCUAUAUGGAUAUAGUACGCUGCCAAUUGUAAUUAAUUAAAUAUUAGUUAGUUAAUUAACUAAACACACUGUGCAAUUAUCAAUAAUUAUUGAAUUUAUAUUUAAAAAAAAAAUUAUUUUCGUUUGCUAUGAUUCAGAACGGGAAGAAAUUUAUUUAUAGUUAUUGGUUCGAGAUUUUAAUUAUUAGAGAUGUAAGAAAAUUUCUGUACGUGAUACGCCAAAGUACUUUUAUAAAUUCACUUGAAUAAAUUCAAUGAGAAAUGAAGAGAAAAUUUGACUAAAUGGUUAUGCUGACUGAAGUUCUUAGGGAAGAGUAAUUUUCAGAUGAAUAGGAUUCUUCAUAUUUUUUUUAUUGAAAGAAAGCAGAAGAGGACAUUGAAUAACCUGACGUUAGAAUAAUUUUCGAAUCAAUUUCAUUUUAAAAUCUUUUGUGUAUAGAGUUAUUAUAUGUCUCACCAAAAAAGAACUCGUCCGAAAGAAAGCUGUUAUAUUUCAUUUGAUUGAGAGAAGGCUUCCAGGUAAUUAUGAAUCAACAACAAUAAAUCCAAUGAAAUAAUUAUGUAAUAACCAACUGUAGUGUAAUAUUUUAAUAUUAAUAAUGAAGAAGUACAGAUGCCUUUAUACAGUAUGUAUAGACAAAGUCAUAAUAUAAUUCUCUUAAUUAUCUCA